AAGCGCCCAGCACAUGAAUGCGUCAACACAAGCAAAGCGCAUAUAAAAACUUUUUUUUCGACGUUCAUAAUUUUGUGCGGAGCUGGGGAGCUGGAGCUGCAAAAAACAGCACAAUUCUGUGGAGAAAUUUCGAUGAAAAUUUCUCAAAUUUGAGUGUCGAAUUGUUGUGCAUUUGUGAAACUGCAAGAACAAGAACAACAGAAGAAGAACAAGAAAAACAACAACAAGAAGAAGCAGUUGAAUAGCGCUAAACGCAUCGACUAAAAACACAACAUCAACAAACAACAAGAAGCAGCAGCAGCAGCAGGAGCAGCAGCAGCAGCAACAGCUGAAGCUAGAAGAGGAAGAAGAAGCAGAAGUAGCUAAGCAGAGGAAGCAGUUGCAGCAACUGGAAUCAUGUCGAAUCUGCCACGGCGCAUCAUUAAGGAGACGCAGCGCCUGAUGCAGGAACCAGUGCCCGGCAUCAAUGCGAUACCCGAUGAGAAUAAUGCACGAUAUUUUCAUGUGAUUGUCACCGGUCCGAACGAUUCGCCGUUUGAGGGUGGCAUCUUUAAGCUGGAGCUGUUUCUGCCCGAGGACUAUCCGAUGUCGGCGCCAAAGGUGCGCUUCAUCACCAAGAUCUAUCAUCCGAAUAUCGAUAGACUCGGCCGCAUCUGUCUCGAUGUGCUGAAGGACAAGUGGAGUCCCGCACUGCAGAUACGCACCAUUCUGCUCUCGAUCCAGGCCCUGCUCAGCGCACCAAAUCCCGACGAUCCGCUCGCCAACGACGUGGCCGAGCUAUGGAAGAUCAACGAGGCGGAGGCCAUACGCAACGCUCGCGAAUGGACUCAAAAGUAUGCCGUCGAGGACUGAAUCAUCUAGGAGACUUUUACUGUUCUACUCUUUUUUUUUCGUGUGGCAUGGCGCGGGCGGGCUUGGGGGCAAACUAAAAUAGCAACAACAACAAAACGAAACGAUAAUAAACAACAACAACAACAAGAUUCUUAUAUAUAUGUGUAUAUAUAUAUAUACAAACACACACACACACACACACACAUACAUACAUAUAUAUAUAUUGAUAUUUUUUUGUAUGGCUUGGGUGGGUUUCUCAAUUGACUUGAGGAUAAGGUCAGGAUAACGAUGAUGAUGAUGAUGCUGCUGCAGUUGACUACGAUAUAAUAAUAAUAAUCAUGUUAUGAGAAAUGUAUGCUUUGCAAAGCAACAGCAACAACAACAACACACAACAACAACACACACAACACACUCAAUAACUGAUGCAACAUUCUUCAUAUUUCAGGGGGGGCAAAGAAAGCGAGAAAAACGCAAUAAAGAUGAAAACUUAAACUUGAA